AUGUCCCGUGUUUCGUUGCUCGCCACCCUUCUCUUGAUAUUAUCGGUCUCCACAGCGUACCUUUCCGACUCAUGGAUGCUCAGUUCGGAAAGACCAACGGGCCCACGUUGUGUGCCCAUACCACACAAUCUCACCAUUUGUUACGGCAUGCAGGUCUCGAGAAAACAGAAAAAGGGUCAGGCUUGCUAUUUUCAGUACAGCCAAAUGCGGCUUCCAAACUUGCUGGAACAUGACACCAUCAAUGAAGCGAUUCAUCAAUCAAGUGAUUGGAAAUCAUUACUUCAGCUGAAUUGUCAUCCAGACACUCAGCUUUUCCUGUGCUCACUUUUCGCUCCAAUUUGUCUGCCAACUAUGGACAAAGAGAUUCUGCCGUGUCGAUCACUCUGCAAAGCGGUGAAACAGGGUUGUGAGGGACGUAUGUCGGUGUACGGUUUCCCAUGGCCAGAAAUGUUAUCCUGUGACAAAUAUCCAGAGGAUAACGAUAUGUGUAUAAAGGCGAUGAACGUCGAGAAACAAGGCAAGUUGGCACGCCCAAUGCACGGUCAGUCGUUUGCUAGAUUGGUCCCAUCCCAUCAUUGUCUCUAUUCAAACUAA